GGCAUGCACUUGACGUAACUUGAGGCCAAGUUUUGUUUUCAAUUUGAAAUUAGUUUUAGCCGAAAAGCGUUUCGGAACCGGUUUGUAAAGUCUUUCACAUAAACUGCAGCAACCUCAGCUAGGCCUCAACAUACAGUUAUUUCUCAUACACUGCCAAGCGCUGAGCAAAAGAAAGUUUUGACGCAAUAACAUGGCCGUUACUUGUAGUUUGUAAUGAAGAAGCGUCGUCGUGCGGCCGCUCAGCUAAACAGUUACCGCUGCACUCUGACAGCGAGCAGUCGAAUAUAUUGACGAACUUAACUAAACUGAAUUUUCGACAUAUUUGUUAGCCAAUAGCGUCAGCCCUGCUAGGCAGACAAGACAACGGCUUCCACAGCAACAACAAGAAAAGUGAAAUCGCUGAUAAGACGAUAAUCUGUUACCCAUCCCUGAAUGAAUGAAUUAGUCCGUGUAUCAAAUCUUAUUGAAGCCUAAACCAAAUUGGCGCCCUCGCAAGUGUAGAGAAACUUGUAGUAACCACAAAUCGGAACAGGCACCUCGGGUGAAACAAACGAUUAAAGCGUGCUUCGACGAGCAUGACACCUUAAAUGCCAUUGAAGACGCAAACGCUGAAGAAGACGCAGUCGCAGCCGCAGCCGCAACCGCAGCAAUAAAAGAGAAAUCGCACACACUCACAAGCACAGCCAUUGACAACGCAUCAGUUGAGCCAGCUUGAAUCGACAGCGAGCAACAUGACGCCGGCGGUAACAGGCAGCACAACAUGUACUACAGGCCCAGCGGUCAGUCAGCGGCGCAAGCACAGCGGACGUGAACAACUGCAGCAAAUAAUUGCCGGUGGCUUAUCAGCAGCUAUUACGCGCUCCACCUGCCAGCCAUUGGAUGUUCUCAAAAUACGUUUUCAGCUACAAGUGGAGCCAUUCAAGGCGGCUGCUCCAUCGGUGCAGUCAUCGUCCAAGACUGACCUCCCAUUGCAUUCCUCCAAAUACACAUCCAUCCUUCAAGCUGUGCGCACCAUUUACCGGGAGGAGGGCCUGUUGGCCUUCUGGAAGGGUCACAAUCCCGCCCAGGUGCUAAGCAUUAUGUAUGGCAUCUGCCAGUUCUGGACUUACGAGCAGCUAAGCCUUCUGGCGAAACAAACCAAUUACCUUAAGGAUCAUCAGCAUCUUUCAAACUUCAUGUGCGGCGCUUCUGCUGGAGCGGCAGCAGUUAUCAUUUCCACACCGUUAGAUGUCAUACGGACACGUCUUAUCGCCCAGGACACUAGCAAAGGAUAUCGUAAUGCAACACGGGCCGUCACUGCCAUCGUACGUCAGGAGGGGAUCCGUGGCAUGUAUCGGGGCUUAUCUUCGGCCCUCUUGCAAAUCGCCCCUUUGAUGGGCACCAACUUUAUGGCCUAUCGUUUGUUCAGCGAAUCGGCGUGCAAAUUUUUCGAAGUGGACGAUCGUACCAAGCUGCCUACUUGGACUCUCUUGAUGCUGGGCGCUUCUUCGGGCAUGCUAUCGAAAACAAUUGUGUAUCCCUUUGACUUGGUCAAAAAACGACUGCAAAUCCAGGGAUUUGAGCAAAAUCGCCAGACUUUUGGACAAACACUAAAAUGUAAUGGGGUUUGGGAUUGUCUUCAGCUGACGGUGAGACAGGAGGGUGUGCGGGGUCUCUACAAGGGCGUUGCUCCCACGCUCCUCAAAUCCAGCAUGACAACGGCAUUGUACUUUAGUAUUUACGACAAGCUAAAACAGGUGCACUUCUGGUAGGUGCGAAUUAACAAUCUUUUUCAAUAUAGAAAUUAAGUAGUGAAAAAGUUCACAGCACAGAAUCUAUUUUUUAUAUGCUAUUUACAAAUAAUGCUGUAAAUGAUAUUAAGCAUAGUGUCUCUGUUAAUUAGUUAUUAGCACGGGUUUAUUUUAUGUUGAUAGGUUUAUCUAUAAGGUAAUACUAUGCGCAAACUCAUAAACUUUAUGCACAAAUGCAUAAAUUAUAUGGAAA